CGCCUCCUCAGUGCUCCGGCGCCUAGCGACCUGCUCCUGCCCCCGCCGCCGCCGUGCACGCACAGCCGGAGCAGGAGCAGCGCUGCCCGCCUUUACCGUUGCCCAUGGAGAACUCUGCCGCCGCCGCCGCCGAACGGCCGCGCCUCACCCGCGCAGCCGCCAAGCGCUCAGCCGUCGUCACGGCUGUGGCCGUCGCCGCCAAGCGCAAGCGCGUCGCGCUCAGCCAGCUGCCCACGCUCCCCAACGCCGUGCUCGGCGCGCACGACGACGACGACGACAAGCCCGUCAGGAAGCAGCGCCUCCUCCCCGCCGCCAAGCCCAAGCCCAAGCCCAAGGCAGCGCCCGCGCCUGCCGCGCCCGCCGCCGCGGAUGACACGGAUGACGACAUUCAGCUCUGCAAGCCCUACGCUUCCGACAUCUACUCCUACCUCCGCUCCAUGGAGUCGCAGGCCAAGCGCCGCCUCGCUGUUGACUACAUCGCGGCGGUGCAGAUCGACGUCACGCCCAACAUGCGUGGCAUCCUCAUCGACUGGCUCGUCGAGGUCGCCGAGGAGUACAAGCUCGUCUCCGACACGCUCUACCUCACCGUCUCCUACAUCGACCGCUUCCUCUCUGCCAAAGUUCUCAACAGGCAGAAGCUGCAGCUCCUCGGCGUCUCCGCCAUGCUCAUCGCAUCCAAGUAUGAGGAGAUCAGCCCGCCCAACGUGGAGGAUUUCUGCUACAUCACCGAUAACACCUACACCAAGCAGGAGGUAGUUAAGAUGGAGAGUGAUAUACUGAAUGUCCUCAAGUUUGAGGUGGGCAGUCCUACCGCCAAGACGUUCCUGAGGAUGUUCAUCAGAUCUGCCCAAGAAGACAACAAGAAGUAUCCUAGCCUCCAGUUGGAGUUCCUGGGGAGCUACCUUUCUGAGCUGAGCUUGCUGGAUUAUGGCUUGAUUCGCUCCUUGCCGUCACUUGUUGCAGCCUCAGCCGUCUUUGUUGCAAGGCUGACCCUGGAUCCACACACCCAUCCCUGGAGCAAGAAGGUGCAAACGCUAACAGGCUAUAAGCCAUCUGAGUUGAAGGACUGUGUUGCUGCCAUACAUAAUUUGCAGCUCAACCGGACAUGUCAAUCCAUGGUGGCGAUCCGGGAGAAAUACAGGCAACACCGAUUCAAGGGUGUAUCAGCUUUGCUACCUCCUGUUGAGAUCCCUGCAUCAUACUUCAAUACACUGAAGGAGUAGGUGUUCCUUGAUAAUCUAGGAGAGCCAAGCACACAGCUUUCCUCAAGCAAGAUGUGCAAUGCUAAGGUUGUUAGGGUACUGAGGUUCUUGGAUGCUGCAUCUAGGCUCGGCUUGGAGCAUUCAGAGUUGAUUUGUUUGAAGUUCAAGCUCAAUAGAAAGUUCGGUGUAUCAAAUCUUGUACUUGUGUAUCAUAAUUAUACAUUACAACCAGGUGCCUUUAUUUAUUGGGGGCACAAUUCCAAAGUUUUCA